CAACCACCAUCACCACAAGAACAGCAAGAAAAAAGCCAUCAUCUCUCUUCUCUCUCUGUAAUCUAAUACCCCAACACCACCGCAGACGAUUCCAUUCAAUCCCUCAAAACCCUAAUUCCAUCCCAUCAAAGACCCAAAUCUCAAUCUUUCUGGUGUAGUAGAUGGAAUCAAUCGUAUCCUCUUCAUCUUCCUCCGUCUUUUCUACAAAUUUCCCUUCCAAAUCAUCAUUAUCAACACAAAGACGGCCGGGAUUCAUCUCUGUAUCUACUAAUUUCCGGUCACCUAAUGGAUUAAUCAAGCAUUGCCCUUUGAUUUCUGUACCAAAACAGUCUCAGAGGAGCAGCAGAAGGAGGUAUUCUGUUGUUGUUAGAGCAUCAUCAUCUGGUUCUGGUUCUUCAUCUUCUUCAUCACUUGGUCCACUUGCGUUGGAAUCACCAGUUGGAAAAUUCUUAUCUGAGAUCUUGAUUAGUCAUCCUCAUCUUCUUCCUGCUGCUGUUGACAAACAACUUGAACAGUUACAGACUGAUCGUGAUGCACAGAAACAGAUUGCAGAUCCUUCUGCAUCUUCUGGGACUGACCUCGUUUUGUACAAGAGAAUUGCGGAGGUGAAGGCAAAUGAUAGACGAAAGGUGCUGGAAGAGAUUUUGUAUGCAUUGGUUGUUCAGAAAUUCAUGGAUGCUAAUGUUUCUUUGAUACCUAAUGUUGCGCCCUCAUCGACUGACCCGUCUGGUCGAGUUGAUAAUUGGCCUGUUCAAGAGGAGAGACACCAACAGCUCCAUUCCAGUGAAGCUUUUGAGAUGAUAGAAAACCAUCUUGCUUUAAUUCUGGGAAAUCGAUUGGGGGAGUCGAAUUCGGUUGCGCAGAUUAGUAAAGUCAGAGUUGGGCAAGUUUAUGCUGCUUCAGUUAUGUAUGGGUAUUUUUUGAAAAGGGUAGAUCAGAGGUUUCAGCUGGAGAAGAAUAUGAAACUACUCCCACCAGGAUUGGAUAGAGAAGAUAGUGUUCUUGGUAAGGCUGUGGCUGAUGACUUCAAGCAAUCUAUUGGCAGUGAUGAGGAACCCAAGACUCAUCCUGAGGCUCCUUCUUGGUCUGGUAACCCAGGAGGGGGAUUUGGACAUGGAAUGAAAGCUUCUCGUUUGAGAAACUAUGUGAUGUCGUUUGAUCCAGAGUCACUUCAGAAAUACGCAACUAUUAGAUCAAAAGAGGCUGUGAGCAUCAUUGAGAAGCACACAGAAGCUUUGUUUGGGAGACCUGACAUUGUCAUUACUCCUCAGGGGACUAUUGAUUCUUCAAAAGACGAACUUAUCACAAUAAGCUUUGGUGGAUUGAAAAGGCUUGUUUUGGAGGCUGUAACAUUCGGAUCAUUUCUUUGGGAUGUCGAGAGCUAUGUUGAUUCAAGGUACCACUUUGUUAUGAAUUAGUUCCCUUUGUUCAUUAAACUGCUAUGUAGAAAAGUUUGCUAGAAGGGGCCUAGUAGAGGCUGGGAAGAAAAACUGACUCAGAAUUGGACUCUUUCGAUUCUCAUAAAUGAAUGUAAAUGUUUAAAUAAAGCUUGUGUUACUGAUUGUUCUGCACAGUGUUUUGUAAGUUGCUUGAACAGAGUUAGUAGUUAGCAUUUAUGAUUUUUUUUCUUCUUCUGA